CCUAUAUAUAGACGUUUGUAACGCGGUCUUUAUAUUCAAUGCCCCUGAGACUUACGGAAGAACAGGUAGAAAAGGUAAUUCUCAACAUGAAAUAUCCGAUCUUCGUUACCAUCGUUUUCAUAGGAAUAUUUCAGUCUCAAGAAGGUUAGUAAACUCCUUACUCUUUUAGCUUCCUUGCAGCAUUUUAAGUAACUAAAUUACCAAUAUUGCAGACGGCAAGUUGCUAAGAAAAUUCAUUGUUAAAAUUUUGCUUCUUCAAGUUCAAAACUAAAACGCGAUGAAACGCAUAUUUCGAAUGACCUGAUCCGAAACAAUGGAGUACAUCUUUGGAAUACUCAAUUUAUCUGAUUCUCUUUAGUUCGAAUCAUGUGGAAGAAGGAACGAAAACCGAAUGAUAUUCAUUUGCAUUGGAAACGGAUAUCGUGAUAAACUAGAUAUCUUCCUGACUUUUCUAUAAUGUUUAACGUGGUCGUCAGUGACCAUCAAUUUCUAAUUUGCAAUUUGAGCAAAGAAAAGGAAUUUGCAAGAAGCUUGAAUCCUAACUCAGUGAACUACUUUUCUUUGUCGUAAGUUUAUUACAAAUAUUUUAAACAUUUUCUUUAUCUUCUUUGUUGUUUUAGUUUUUGGCUGCGGCGGUGGAAGCAAGCCGAAGCCAAAGCCAAAGCCACCAACACCAGGUAAAACUACUUCUUGUUGUUUAUUUCUCCGUAAUGUGAAACUGGAUUUAGAAAAAAAAUCGUUUUCAAGGUUUGAAGGUUUCAUGAUCAGUUUAAAAACUUCAAUCACAAGUAUACUUCUAUAACAGACUCUAGAAAACCUAUCAGUUUCUGCAUACAAUGAGAGGUAAAGUCUUGACGCACUUCGAGGUUUUUCUAUCCGGUUUCAGUCUAUUAUUUUCUAUCCGGUUUCGGUCUAUCCAGUUUUUAUAUCCGGUUUCAGUCUAUCUGGUUUUUCAAUCCGGUUUCAGUCUACAGACAUUCCAUCACAAAUGCAACACGCCAUUCAAUGUUGCCGUGCGUCUGUUCUGUAAUAGAUGAAGUUUUGUAACAGAUGACGUCAAAAUGUGGUAAGAACAAAAAAACUGAGGCACAGAGGUUGAGUAGACUUGUUGGAAUAAACUAAACCAAGAACUACAGCAACUCAAGCGAGAGGCGUAGACUCUUCUCAUUUUUCAAAAGAGACACUUGAAGACUCGUCAGAUAUGUAUCCAAAUACGUACCCCUCUAUCGCAUAUCAUGUUACGCUUUGACAUUUCAAAGCAUCUCUAAUUAGUCAUCACUUUGUUGACUAUGGUUAAUAUGCGUCAAAUUGAUCACAUGUUUUGGUGACUUCCAGGUGGUAGCAAAUGUUUUGCGCAGAUUUGCUCCAGUAAUCCUUCCAAUCGAAUAAGAGGAACAGAUCGGCAUGGCAGUGGUGCUUUUGGAGCACCGAGGAGGUAAGGCGAACGUAUCGUAAGAUGCGUCAAAUCCGAAAAUAAUUUAUAUUAUACACGGUUUGGGUAUUUCUACAUUUGAGGGGGCCGAUCAACUAAAAUACUGGGUCAGCAGCAUACAGAAAUUAUCUGUUUCAGUGAGAGAUACAACUGGAUUAGCGUCAAUCAUAUUUUGAACAACUUGUUCAAAAUAUGAUUGACGCAAGUUCCGCAUUGAAAUGUCAUCUAAAAUAUUCAGUAAAAUUUUAAACGAAAGAGUGAAAUGCGGUAAUUGAAAUAAUCACUUUAAGAAUCCCUGGGGGAUCUCUGAGCUUUUGCUGUGUUAAUAUUAUGCCACAUAAUUAUUUAAUAGAUAGACCUUUAUGAACACGUUCGUUAUCUUGUCCAAGAAAGUUGUAAUUUCUGUCGCUAUCAGAGAAAAGGCAACAGGAGAGAUCUUAUGAUAGAUGCACUAAAGGCUUUUUUUGUGAACCAUAAUUUCAGCAUUUUGGAGCUGACAGAUUGUACUCACAAAAAGAUGCAAACUAUUGUCUCGUUAUGUUUCAUAUGUAGGAGUCGUACCCAUAAAGGCGUUGAUAUCGUGUGUGCUGUGGGAUCUCGUGUGUACGCUCCAUUUCCCGCGAGUGUUGUCCGUGGACUUACUGUGUAUAGUGCAUCGAAACAUCGCGGCAAGCCAUACAACACUGGCCUUGAACUUAGGGGAACUGGAGCCUGGACAGGUAAUGAGCCAAAAAAAAUAAAACGUAAAAGCACGAAGAAAAUUUAAAUAACCUUCAGCUAUUCCCCCUCAUUUCAAGAGAGUUGAGUUUUUAUCUAUUUUCGGAUCCCCUACAAAACGUUAUGAUUCAGGCACAGACACUGCCGAAUUUGGAAGUGAUUUGCGUGGAAGAUUAAUGGGACGGGUCACUUAGUUGUGACCAACAAUUUUUAUGGCCUGGAUAUUCUCUGUGGUUCAUUUGGUAGAGCAGCCGAUCGACCGAACCUAUUGAUGGUUCGCUUCCUCACGGGAGCUCCCUCAUUUUCCUUUGUCCAACGCUUGUGAAGAAUAAGUCACAUUUUUCUAUAUUCAAAAGAUUUACACACCAGAAUAAAAAUACUCUCUCUCUUUGCUACUUUGUUUUUUUAGGUUAUAAAGUAAAAGUGUUUUAUGUGAGGAAGACAAUCAACAAUGGAAGAAUCGUGGCUUCAGGGGAUUCCAUUGGCACCAUGACUGACAGGGCAUCUGUGGACCCUGGGAUGACAAACCAUGUUCAUGUGCAGCUCUACAAGGAUGGGGCGAUAGUGAAUCCCACUUCUUUUGUUAACUGUUAGGGUAAGGACGGAUCGUUUUUGUUUUGCUUUUAUUUACGGAUGAAUAAGAUAAUGGGCAAACCAAUGAUUUGCAGCUAAAGUGAAAAAAAAAAACAAACAAACAAACCGUGAAAGACUCUUGAAACCAAUGAACAAGUGAUGAGGAGAAGGAGGAAAAGCGAAAUAACCAAAGAAAAUAGGAAGGGCCGAACGAUGAAUGGGCGAAAGACCGUACAAAAGAGCGAGUAAGGGAGACGCAGUGAAGCAUCUUGGUGAAAGUUGUGCAUUACUCAUUGUUUUCCUAAAACCAAAAACUCAGUUUCACCAUAUGCAUCAUACUUUGAAUGAAUGAGUUGCCAUUAAUCGGAUCAAUGAGUCUGCACAAAAUUUUCUGGGAUCACCACAGGGUCAAACUUUGCAAAUUGCUUGAAAGAGAUAUGUGGUGUUAAGAAAUAUAAAAUAUUAGAAAAUUAGCUUUAACUGUUUGGAAAUAACUCAAUGAAAUCUUUUCCGUUGUACUAACUUGUGUACAGCCUUUUUUCAAACUUGUUUCUGUCUUCAAUGAAACAACCUUUCGCCAUAGAUUUCUUUCAAGAAAGUUGCUAUGUUUGACACAAGCUGAUCCCAAUUCAUUCACUGGCCCAGAUUACGUGUUGAGCAACUCUUACUAAAUCAAGUCUGAACGUUUGCUAGUUUGUUUUGUCCAUAAAACUAAACUGGUUUUUUUUUCUCCUUUCAGAAUCUGUUGUUAGGCUAGCUGUUAGGAGUGAUUUUUAGCCUGCAAUAAAUUAGCACAAAUAGUUAUUUCAACAGUGGAG